AUGCCUUCUGAGAUUUCGCCUGAAAUAUCCAGUCCACUUGAUCUGGGCAUUUGGAGUCCAGUGUUACCCGCGGUGAUGGUGCAGACAUCUCAAAACAACCAAGAAGAAUGUUGCCCGUCGCCGUGCCGUGGGCUCACCGAUAGCGGCGCAUCCGAACUGGCUUUAUCCUCCUCGUUUUAUGGGGUAACUCAUCCAACUAGCCCACUCGCACUGAACGGUGAGGCAUCUGUCCGCGGCGUUGUCAAGAGUGGCGAAAAGAGUCAUUCUCCAACGCGUGGCAGCGGUGGUGGUGGCGUUUGCGAAACAACAUUCGCUGCUUCUUUUGUUGAGAUGCCCGUACAACCGAUAUCGGGACUCUCAGGCCCGGAGGUGAUGCGGCUUUGUCCCCAUGACGUUGUAAAGUGUGCUGAACAUCACAAGGAAAGGACUGUACAGAACAUGUGGAGCUUCGUGAAUGAGGCGGGUAAAGUUAUCUGGGUGUGCCGUUCUGAUGUGGCAUGCAAGAUGCAGAAGGGUGGUCGUGCAGCUUGUCGUAGCUCACGUUUUAACGAACCGCGUCCAUCUGCGUUUCGUAGCAUGGCCUCAACUCCCGGUGCCACUGUCACCACAAUGCAAACUCCACAGGUUGGAUUUUCAAUGCCACACAUUAACAAUCAUACUACGGCUUCCAGCGGGGUGCCGUUGUACUGCAUUGGUAACUGCGGGGCUUUUGUUGCAACACCCGUUGCCGUUGCCGCCUCGUCCAACUUUACUCAACCUCAGUUUCUGCAGCAUGCGGUGCAUGGAGAUCCCAUGUUUUGGCUUCCCGUUCCACCAAUUCCACCACUUCCACCAGCAGUUUACGCCCCAGCCUCUGGGGCAGGAGUGGUUGGAAGGGCACCGUCCGCUGGUGUCGUCCCACAGUUCGCGUUCCCCCCCAGCUGUACGUGGGUUUCCUCCUCCCUUUCACGCUAA